AUGGGGUGCGCGGCGUCGAGGUCCGGGGCGGUGGCUUCGCCGGCGUACGAGGUGUCUUCGUCCUCGUACGAGGUGUCCAGGAGCGCGUCGGCGUCGGUGUCGGCGGAGCUGGGGUCGGCGUCGAUAUGGAGCCGGCCGGUACGGCUGGAGGCGUUCGAGCUCGGCGGGGCCGACGAGGAGGAGCGCCGCCGCCCGGGGGAGGCGCGGUUGGGGGGCUUCCGGCGGUACAUCGAGGGCGAGCAGGCUGCCGCCGGGUGGCCGUCGUGGCUGAGCGCCGUGGCCGCCGAGGCCGUGCAGGGGUGGGUGCCCCUUAAGGCCGAGAGCUUCGAGAAGCUGGAGAAGAUCGGGCAGGGGACGUACAGCAGCGUGUUCCGGGCGCGGGAGCUGGCGACGGGGCGGCUGGUGGCGCUCAAGAAGGUGCGGUUUGACAGCGUGGAGCCCGAGAGCGUGCGGUUCAUGGCGCGGGAGAUCCUCAUCCUCCGCCGGCUGCAGCGCCACCCCAACGUAGUCGGGCUCGAGGGCCUCAUCACCUCGCGCUCCUCCUGCGCCAUCUACCUCGUCUUCGAGUACAUGGAGCACGACCUCGCCGGACUCAACUCCGAUCCCGACGUCGCCUUCUCCGAGCCCCAGAUCAAGUGCUACAUGCGGCAGCUGCUGGAGGGCCUGGCGCACUGCCACGCGCGCGGGGUGAUGCACCGAGACAUCAAGUGCGCUAACCUGCUGGUGAGCAACGCCGGCGAGCUCAAGGUCGCGGACUUCGGCCUCGCCAACCUCUUCACACCCUCGACGGCGGCGCCGCUGACCAGCCGCGUCGUCACGCUCUGGUACCGUCCGCCCGAGCUCCUCCUCGGCGCCACCGCGUACGAGCCCUCCGUCGACCUCUGGAGCGCCGGCUGCGUCUUCGGCGAGAUGCACGCGCGCCGCCCCGUCCUACAAGGCCGCACCGAGGUCGAGCAGAUCCACAAGAUCUUCAAGCUCUGCGGCUCACCGCCGGAUGACUUCUGGCGCCGCUCCGGGGUCGCCCACGCCGCCGUCUUCCGCCCGCACCACCCUUACCCGAGCCGCCUCAGGGACACAUUCGCCUCCUCCAUGCCCGAGCCCGCGUUCCGCCUCCUCGCCACACUCCUCUCCCUCGACCCCACCGCCCGCGGCACCGCCGCCACUGCCCUCGAUUCCGACUACUUCAGGACGCCGCCGUACGCGUGCGAGCCGUCGAGCCUGCCAAAGUACGCGCCCAACAAGGAGAUGGACGCGAAGUUUCGAGAAGAUUCUAGAAGGAGGAGCAACGGCAGGAGCCACGGUGGCGAUGCGGCGAAGCGGCUGUCGAGGGCGCACAAGAGCAUGCAGCUGCCGGACACGAACCAGAGGCACGGCAAUGGCCAUGUCCACGCCGAGGAAUCGCUGCCCGGGGCCGACGACAACGCGGCGGCGAGGAAGGACGGCGAGACCCGGCUGUUCGUCGACCUACAGCCCGUGCCGACGAUCAGCAAGCAGCACGGCGACGGCGACGACGCGGCGCCGCGCGCCAGGACCAUGUCCAGCAGCUACAAGGAGGCGCCCCGGCUCGCGGGCCGCCUCCCGCUCUCCGGCCCCGUGCAGCUCGCCGCGUCCACCGGCUUUGCCUGGGCCAAGAAGCCCCGGCCGGACGCCGCGGCGGCGGCGAUGACGAAGAGGAGCAGCUCCAAGGGGCCAAGGACCAACAACAAUGGAGGAGGAGACGCCGCAAGAACCACCACCACGGUACCAUACGAGGUGGAGAAGCAGGAGAUGAUCAAGCAGUGGGCACGAGUUGCUGAGGCCUUCGGCACCUCUGAAGCUUACAACAACAGGUUGAGACAGACACUGGAUGCCAAGCAGCUCAAGACUGGAAAGAAGUACAAGGGGAAGGUGGACAGGGUGGACUUCUCAGGUCCGCUGCUGUCGCAGCCCCGGCGCAUCGACGAGCUCUUGCAGAACCACGAGCGGCAGAUACGGCGAGCCGGUCGCCGGUCAUGGUUCAAGAAAGGCAGCAAAAGGGAGCAGCAUUGACAGAGGCAUGGCAUGAUCACAAUCACACAGCAGAACACCAUCAGAUUGUAUGUACUUACCAAGGAAAUAAAGAUGCUGCAAGCAAAUCGAAGGGUUUAAGGAAAUUUAAAUCAUGAGUUCUCUUGAUGAGCAGUUGUUUUUUCAGGGUUGGACAGUCGGCCUCAUGCCAUCAAAGAAAGAGCUCAGAUGGGUUUCCUUAAAAAAGAGGAGCUCAGAUGGAAACUGUUGUAGUAUUUUUCAGUUAUAAUGCAACCAAAUCUGCUCUACUUGAACUGAACAACACUGUUGUUGUACAAGAUCUUUUUUUGUGCUCACUUCUGAUAAAAUGAA